UAAGGUUAGCUCUAAGUCGAAGCUAUAAUCAACAAACACAAAUCCCAAAUCUGCACUCCCUCAACGCCGAAAUGAGUUCAGCCUUCCACCACUUCAGCCACCGUAAGCACUCUCUGGUCCUUAACGAGAAUGUCACUCAAAAUGGUGCUAAGUGUUACAUUUGCAUGGGACCAGUCAUAAACUCUCCCACAUAUACUUGCCCCACUCACCAAGACGCAGCCUGUCAAAACUUCUACCUCCACAAGACUUGCGCUCAUCUGCCCACCCGCAUCAAUCACCACAAGCACCGCCAGCACCGCGUCACCCUCGUCCCGAGACCCGAUACAUGUUCUUGUGACAUUUGCUCACGUCCCGUGAAGAUUGCCUAUACAUGUGACGAAUGUGAUUUUGAUGUGUGCGUGGCUUGUACUUCUGAUGAGAGGACGCUUCAUCACCAAGGCCACGAGCACGAGCUUAUAUUGAUGAAUAGGAAGGCCAAGGUGGAGUGUGAUGCUUGCGGCCUCGUAGCCAGAGACUCAACAUAUGUGUGCACAAAGUGUGAGUUCUGGAUUCACAACAAGUGUGCUUUCGCGGAUUCGAUUGUGCCGUCUCCGCAUCACCAUCACCCGCUCCAUCUCGUCUACUCGAUUCCUAAUUUCAGGCUCCGCCAUGAUAAACGAUAUUGUAAGGUCUGCAACAAGGAAGUUUACAAUAGCCACUGGACGUAUUACUGUCACCGCUGCACGUAUUUUGUGCACAUGAAUUGCGCUACGUCCACGGAAUCUGCUGCAGAUGAGACCGAGUCUGAAGUAGAUCCCGAAGAUUUGAUUGAGAAGCUUGAAGAACGAGUUGAUCAGAUAUCUGAGGUGUCUGAAUCGGCACAAUCCACUUUCGACAUCCUUGCCGAUCUGAUAUUAUCUUGAAAUUUGGAGUUCGAUGUGUACUACAACAUUAUCAAUCUGGUAGUCCGAAUACUCGGCUUGUCUGUCUUUCAUUCAGUACGUAUGAAAUAAGUUUUAAUCUUAUUUGUGUAUCUUGUUGUGAAGUCUUUAUUCGGAGAUGUUGGAUCUGGUGUAACAACUUGUGUGUUUGACUUCUCACAUUUUAAUAAAAUGCAUUUAUUUUGUAUCAUAAAAUGAAGCAAAA